AUGACUACUAUACAGUAUUCAGACCCUUCGAUCUCCGGCUCUACUACACCGGCACUCCCAAAAACCCCAGUCUUGGGACCUACCGAUGCAGAGCUUUUGUAUUUGCAAACUUCCCCUUUAUCAUCUGGAACUGUUACACACCCAAACUCUGCCAAUGGAGUUGCAGUUAAAGCAGAUGGCGAUAUUAAUAAAGCAAUUGCAGCAGCUACUACGAUGAUUACUACGACUACUGUUGGAGCUAGUGCUACCACUGAUACAGAAUAUGACGAUGAUGAUAUGCCUCUUUUUUCACUAGGCAAUAGAUCAGUCACUGUGGCUACUUCUCGUUCGUCUCAAAAAUCCAUGGAAGAUGCUCCAACCUCCGAUACAUUAGUGGCAAGCCCUGGUGUAGACCGGAAGAUGUGUCUAACCAAGGAUGAUUUUGUUUCGGUUCAUGCCCUAAGCCAAGAAGAUUUGGUAGAUGGGAAAAAAGAAGAUGAUGAUGAAGAUGAAGAAGAGAAAAAUGUUGAGUGUACCACCAAUGAUGAUACCAAUUCAAAGGACACUUGCAUCACAAGUCCAAAGUUGUCGUCUUUUGGUACUUACCCCCUUUAUGUCGGAGACCUCCAUCCAGAUGUGACAGAAGCCUUGUUGUACUCUGUCUUUGGUGUGUGUGGUUCCAUUUCGUCUGUUCGAAUUUGCCGAGAUGCUAUGACUCAAGCAUCUCUGGGCUAUGCCUAUGUUAAUUUCCAAACCAAGGAGGCUGGUAACGCUUGCUCAAAGGCACUUAAAGACCUUAAUUAUAGUAAGAUUUUGACACGCGAGUGCCGCAUUAUGCCUGCAAUUAACCGCAGCGAAACCCAACACUUGCCACCAGGAUCCAACAUUUACGUCUAUCACUUGCAUCCUAGCAUUGAAUCAAAAGCUCUUUAUGAUCGGUUUUCACAGUAUGGUAAGGUUGUCUCGUGCAAAGUGGUGCGCAAUGUGCACACUGGCCAAUCCAUGUGCCGGGGAUAUGUGCAGUUUGGCACAAGAAAGGAAGCCGACGAUGCAAUUGCUGCAGAAAAUGGGAAAUUGUUUUGUGGCGGUGAGAUUCGUGUUGAUAGCUUUUUGUCGCGUGAAGAACGGCUCUCUACAUUUACUUCAAAGAAGGCACCAGCUGGGAUUUUAAAUGUUUGUGGUAUUUCACCUCAUUGCACCGAGGCUGAGCUCAAGAAGGUAUUUGGUAUGUUUGGAUCCAUUCACUCUGUUUACUUUACGCUGAAUUUCAAUCCUCGGUUUGUGAGUAGCGGUGGUGGUUAUGCCAUUAAUGGAGGGACUGGAUGGGGGUACGUGAAUUACUAUGAGGCGAGCGCGGCUCGUGUUGCACGGUCGGUGUUGAAUGAGGUUAUUUUGAAGGGUGUUAAGCUGUCUGUUAUGGAACGUCAUGAUGCUGGGUUUCAUUCUGAUGAGCCGUUGCAAUUUACAGUUGUUGUGCGGACAUUUGACAAGACAAUUGUGAUGGAGAACAUUGAAGAUAUGGUGAAGGACUCUGUGCCAUUGAUUGAGAUUUCGUCCGCCAGCUUUAAGGUGUAUUCUCGGAUAGAAGGAGCUAGUGUGCAAUGUGCCACGAUUACUGCGCUGUCUUUUGACGAGAGCGAGGCUAUUAUUUCUGGAAUUAAUGCGCCUUCAAGUCCAUGGCGAAGCUUGGUUGCGUGUCAUGCAGGGCAAGAGGCAAUUAAGUUUCGGCCACGCUAUGGGUAUUAUUACAAGCAUGACGAAGAGCUUGGUGGUGGUGGUAUCAAUGGUGGUGACGAAGGCCGACCAGUUCGUGGGGUAAGAUUUGGACGACAACAGCAGUAUCAGCAAAAUCAGCAGCAGGUUGUGCAACAACAACAGCAGAGACGGUUUGAUGAUGGUAACAACAGUGGCAGCAGCAGCAGCAUUAAUAAUAACAAUGGUAACAAUAAUAGUAACAAUUACCAUCGCAACGGGAGUAUUGGUCGGCGGGAUUAUUAUUCACGCCGUGGUCACUAUGGCGACAAUCAUAAUCAUCAUAACCAGCAUCAUCGGAAUUGGCGCAAUAAGAAUGAUGAUGGUCGUCAACAACAGCAGCAACAGCAGCAACAGCAGGCUUCAACAAAAGAUGAACUAGAAGAUGGCCAACCACCUCCAACUAACCGGCCUGUGUCGUUGCCACCCAAGCCUCGAGAAGAAUUGGUGGCAGCAUCUAGUGUUUGUGCAACAAUUGUUGAAACUGCUGAUGGAUUUGUUGAAGGAGAAGUUGGGCCACCCAAGGGUCCAGCAGCUCAGCAGACCAAUAGUGUCGUUGCUGCUAAUACAAGCACUGGGUUAAUUCCAACUCCAGUUUAUGGAGGAGAUGCAGGAUAUUUUGGAGGAUGGCCAAUUGUUGAUGGUGGAGUUGGAGCGGGAGCAGCUGCUGCUGCUGCUGUUGCUGCAGCGGCGGCAGCCACGACGAGUGCCUAUUAUGGGCAGUAUGCGGCCAUGUACCCCCAUCCCCAUCAUCACCACCAUGGGUAUGCGGCUUAUUAUCAGUACCCGACUCAGGAGGCCUAUAUUGGGUUUCCCAUGGGCAAUAGUGGUGGUGGUGGCGUCGCCGGGGGAAGCGGCGGUGACGGAAACGGCAACGGCAAUGGUGGUGGAAGUGGAAGUGGAAGUGGGGUUGUUUGUAGUGGUGGGACCACAGCCGUGGGAGGAAAUGACAUCACUGGAAAUGCUUGUGAUGGUGGUGGUGGGUACAUUGGUGGUGGAAGCCAUCAGGCACUGAUGAUGACGCAACUUGGACAACGUUAUCAUCAUCAUUAUCAGCAGCAGCAGCAACAGCAACAGCAAGCUAAUGUGAGUGUGAGUGUGAGUGUGAGUGGAAAUGGAAAUGGAAAUCGGAUUAGUGAUGAAGCAAGCACGGAAGGAAACGGGCAAAAGGAAGAAGAUGAUGAUGGUCAUUGUGGUGAAGAAGCAGAAGAUGAUGAAGAUAAUGAAGAAGAAGAACAAGAAGAAGAAGAGGGUGAGAGGCAAUUGGAGGAGGACCCAGAAGAGGAAGAAGAUGAUGGAUGUGCUGAAGAAGGUAAAGGAAAAGGAAGAUUAAGAGUAAGAGGUGGAUUUUGUGGGAAUGGCAGCAAAGGAAUAAUGAUGAUGAUGCAGGGGCAUCAAAGACAUUACCAGCAAGGGCAGCAGUAUUAUGGUGGUGGUCGAAGAGGAAGUUGGAAAAGAGAGGAGGUAAUUUCUGACGAGAAGAUUCCCCGAGAGCCCAAGGUUGCAGGAGGAGGAGGAGGACGAUAUUACCAUAAUAAUCAUCACCAACAUAAUCAUCAUUAUCAUCAUCAUCAUCAUCAUCGUCAAUAUGAGAAGCGGCGUGGUCGUGGAGGUGGAGGUGGAAGUGGAAGUGGAAGUGUAGAAGGAGCAGGAGUAGUGGCAGUCAUGUCUACGGGAUCGACUGCUGGUGGUUGA